UCAGACCUUUGUUUUGGUCUGGAUUCUGGAAAAAUUCAGUUUGCUAAUUUUUGGUCUCAGGAUUAAACCAAAAAGGUAAGAAGCCAAUUUGCAACAUGCCUCAGGGCAGACGAAAGACACCCUUUAGCGGAAAAGCUAAGAAACAACAGCUGCAAAACAAGAAGCAGAAUAAAGUAAUUUUAACGUCCAGUUCGUCCAGUUCCAAUGCAUAUGAUGUGCUUGCUAUGAACUAUCAGCCCAGCAAGGCUCGGGGAGGCAACACAGGCAGAGGGGAUUCUAAUAGAUAUGCACUGAAGUUCUAUCGGGAGUCAGAUGCAGAACUUAAAAUGAAAAAGGAGGAGGCACUGAAGGCCUUAAAUCCAGUGCCUGAGAAGGAAAUGGAAGUGGACCCAACAUACUUCUUUCCAAAGGAAGUGUCUUUUCCCAAAAGACCUCCAUGGGACUUCAGCAUGACUCCGGCACAGUUGGAUGCUCAGGAACAAAAGUAUUUCAGGGAAUAUAUCCAAACCCUACAGAACAGUGAACACUGGAAGGAGAUGUCGUACUUCGAGCUCAACCUGGAGACGUGGCGGCAGCUGUGGAGGGUUCUGGAGAUGUGCGACAUAUUGUUGCUUGUUGUGGAUGUUAGAUACGCUGGCAUGAUGUUUCCCCCUUACCUCUACGAGUUUGUCGUGCAAGAGCAAAAGAAGGACAUGAUACUAGUCCUGAACAAGAUCGACCUGGUGCCGGCUUCCGUGGUGGCAGCGUGGAAGGAGAACCUCACGCGGACCUGUCCCGGCCUGCGGGUGGUGUACUUCACGUCCUGCCCGGGGUACAACCUGACAGGGGCUAGCAGUGAUAAAGCUGGCCUCCAAGUGAGACGUCGCAAAGGCCGACAGCGGAUGUGUGCGGAAGGAGCGACGAAGCUGCUGGAGGCGUGCCGGGACAUCGUCGCCGGGGAGGUGGACCUCAGCUCCUGGGAGCGGAAGAUCAGGGAGGAGACGGAGGUGGAGUUCGAUGAUGAUGCCCAGCCUGAAGUUGGUGAAACAAUCCUAGAGAAGUUAGACACUACCUUCUACACGCACGAGCGGUUCAAGCACGGGGUUCUCACGAUAGGGUGCGUGGGCCAGCCCAACGUGGGCAAGUCCUCACUCAUGAACGCCAUUAUGGGCCGCAAGGUGGUGUCCGUGUCCAAAACCCCGGGGCACACUAAACACUUCCAGACUAUAUUCUUGACUCCACAGGUCCGCCUGUGCGACUGUCCCGGCCUGGUGUUCCCGUCCAAAGUGCCGCGGCCCAUACAGAUACUGAUGGGCUCCUACCCCAUAGCGCAGCUGCGGGAACCCUACACUACUAUCAGAUACCUAGCGGAACGGCUCGACCUGCCGCAGCUGCUGCGGAUGGACCACCCCGACAACGACUGUACCUGGUCGCCCCGGGACAUCUGCGAUGGCUGGGCCAAGAAGAGGGGAUACCUCACCGCUAAGGCAGCUAGAUUGGACACAUACAGAGCAGCUAACAGCAUCUUGCGUAUGGCGUUAGACGGCAAGAUCUGCUUGUGGCUGCCUCCUCCCGGCUUUACUGAAGAGAGAGCCAAAUACGAGACCUGCGAGGAGAUCAAAUACGUGAAGUGGGUCCAGGCCUUAAGCGGGGAGGAGGUGACAGUCAGUCCAGUCGACUCUGACAGCGACUGCGAAGACCAUUCCGAGGCCAGCAGUGAGGCCAGCGAUCCAGCGGCACCAGCAGCGGUGGUCAAUAAGUUCGCCGCACUCAUGGCUGACGACUGAGUACUCUGUACUGUCAGUGAUGUUGAUUCAUAGGCAGAUGGCGGACCUCCGUAAUUUUGUCGCGUU